ACGCGCCGCGUUGGCCUUCACUGGAGAGGAGUUUGAAACUCCGCCGUGUUGUUGUUGGAGGAAAAGCAGCGGCUGCAGGAGAGCAGAGAGAGCAGAGCUGAGCUGAGUGCGGGUGUGAUUUGUGCAGCCGGGCGCUUUUUUAAGGGUUUAGCUGAUUGUUUUGAGUUAGUUUAGGAGGAGAAAGGGAAAUGUUGGGGAUAUAGAGGCAGUGGAGGUGGGCUGGGGGCCGUUGGAGCUUUUUUUUGUUGGUUAAAAGUUUAUGCUCGCUUGCUUGGAAACGCUGGGUAAAGUUAGCCUGAGACUCCAGUCUGCUCCAGUCGACCCCCUCCACCACCUCCUCCCUCCUCCCUCCUCCUCCUCCUUCUUCUCCUCCUCCUCCUCUUCUUCUCGUUAGCUGGGCUACCCCUAGCGUUAGCCAGUUAGCUAGCUAACCUAGCUAGCCUCCCAGCCUCUUCCAUAGUUUAGAGGAUCCAGAGGGGGAAAGUAGAGGAGAAAGAAUGGCGGAGACUAAAAUAAUUUAUCACAUCGAUGAAGAGGAGACGCCGUACUUGGUGAAGAUUCCCAUACCGGCGGAGAAAAUCACUCUGCUGGAUUUUAAACAGGUCCUAAACAAGCCGAACUACAAAUUCUUCUUCAAGUCUAUGGAUCAGGACUUCGGAGUGGUCAAGGAAGAGAUUUCUGAUGACAGUGCCAAGCUUCCCUGCUUCAAUGGUCGAGUGGUUUCAUGGCUGGUAUCCUCAGAUGUUCCUGCAGCAGAACCUGCACCGCCUCCUCCAGUGGAGGUCCGGCCUCAGCCCUCCCCACCUCCUCCACCUCUGCCUCCGCCUCCAGCAGAGCGGACUGGGGGCAUUGGGGAUUCCAGACCCCCCUCAUUCCAUCCCAAUGCUGCAGGCAGUGUGGAGACGCUGGACGAGCAGACAGAGACCGAGUCUGUUGUUUCCUUCAGGAGGGAGAGGCCUCGACACCGAGAGAACAUGGAGCCACAUGUCGGGCCUCGGAUGAACGGUCCCUCCCGUCUUGAGAGACAUUUGGCUGGUUAUGAAAGUGCAACCACAGUAAUGAGCAGUGAGCUGGACACCACCAGCUUCUGUGAUUCAGAUGAUGAUGACACCAUGAGCAGAUUCAGUAGUUCCACUGAGCAGAGCACUGCCUCUCGGUUGCUGAAGCGCCACCGCCGACGCAGGAAACAGCGCCCCCCGAGACUAGAGAGGGCUUCAUCUUUCAGUAGUGUGACUGACUCAACUAUGUCUUUAAACAUCAUCACAGUCACUCUGAAUAUGGAGAAGUAUAAUUUCCUGGGCAUCAGUAUCGUAGGGCAGAGUAAUGAGCGAGGGGAUGGAGGCAUCUAUAUCGGCUCCAUCAUGAAGGGAGGAGCAGUGGCAGCUGAUGGACGCAUUGAGCCCGGGGACAUGCUGCUUCAGGUGAAUGACAUUAAUUUUGAGAACAUGAGCAACGACGAUGCCGUUAGAGUACUGCGGGAGAUUGUCCAUAAACCAGGACCCAUUACGCUGACUGUGGCUAAAUGCUGGGACCCCUCACCUCAAGGCUACUUUACACUUCCACGCAAUGAGCCCAUCCGGCCGAUAGACCCAGCAGCUUGGGUCAGUCACUCAGUGGCUCUGACUGGGACUUACCCUCCUUACCCAGGAAGUACAAUUACAUCUAGCUCCUCUGUCACUGAGACUGAACGUUUUGAUGAGUUUAAUCUCUCUCUUCACUCUGAUAUGGCUUCAGUGGCAAAAGCUAUGGCUUCACCUGAGUCAGGCCUAGAGGUCAGAGACAGGAUGUGGCUCAAAAUCACCAUCCCUAAUGCCUUCCUAGGCUCAGACGUGGUUGAGUGGCUCUACCACCACAUCGAGGGCUUCCAGGACCGUCGGGAGGCUCGUAAAUAUGCCAGUAACCUGCUAAAGGCUGGCUUCAUCAGACACACGGUCAAUAAAAUCACCUUCUCUGAGCAGUGCUACUACAUUUUCGGAGAUUUCAGCGACUGUGAGAACUACAUGGCCAACCUGUCCCUCAACGAUAACGAUGGUUCCAGCGGUGCUUCAGACCAGGACACGUUGGCUCCUCUUCCAUUACCAGGAGCAACACCCUGGCCCCUGCUUCACUCUUUCCCAUAUCAGUACCCACACCCGUACUCUAGCCAACCUCCUCCCUACCACGAGCUCUCCAGCUACAGCUAUGCCCCCGGCAGCACCGGCAGCCAGCACAGCGAGGGGAGUCGGAGCAGCGGAUCCACUCGAAGUGAAGGUGAAAGGAGGAGGGGCAGUAAAAGUGGAGCUGGCAGCACGGUUGGUGGCAGUACCCGCGACGACAAAUCACCAAACGGAGGCGGGGCUGACUCACGCUCAGGCAGCGGCAGCGAAUCGGAAUACUCUGUGCGCAGCAGCCUGAGGCGGGACCAUGGCUCAGCCACACCCAGCGAGCACAGCCACGCCAGUCAGCGGUCACAUCAUCGGGCCCCGCCCCCUCACCUGGCUCCGUACCCACCUGGCAUUCCCAUUCCCUAUAACCCAAUGAUGGUAAUGAUGGUGCCACAACACCCGCAUGCACACCCAGCACUGGGAGCCCCCCACCCUCAGACAGCUCCCACAGCACUACACCCCGGCCUGCCUCCCCCAAACAAUCCAGGAGGACCUCCCGGAGCCCCCCCUACCCGUGACCUGGGGUCCGUCCCACCCGAGCUCACAGCCUCCAGGCAGUCCUUCCACCUGGCCAUGGGCAACCCCAGUGAGUUCUUCGUGGAUGUCAUGUAGGAGAAGGAAAGCUGUAUGCUGGGGAUAAGUCUAUGUGCAGGAUGAACGAGUGAAUGGACAUAUGAAUGAACGAGUGACACUUAUAUGUGACCUUUUAAUCAUAUAAUAACUGUGAGCCUCAGUCAGUAAGUGACUGAGAUUUAACAUUUGCCUUUGAUGCAGGAUAGCUCUUUAAAAGUUGUCUUCUAUCCUGGAUGGUAGGAACAGGGUUUCUGUAUAAAGCUGGAAGUCUCGCACGGGUCAGAUUUUAGCACAUCAGCAUAUCCAUAAUGCCUCACUGCUUUUGCUUUUAAACGAAGAAAUAAUCACCGUCUCCAAAUAUUUCCUGACAUUUCAUUCUACAGAUAUUUCACAAAUUAUGCAGGGCACACUGCGCUGUAACCAACAUAGGAAAUUCUUACAGGCGCCCUUCUGCCCUCUGAAAAUAUUUGUCUUGACAUACUGCCAGACGCAAGCUCUGAUCACAGACGGCGUGUGUGUGGGAUCAUUAGAGUUUCUGCACAGCUGGCAGAGAGAUAUGCACACUUUUUAAAUUACACAGAUUAAUAAAAUCAUGUUUUUUCCAUUAAGACACUGAUAGGCUUUCAUAGAGUAACUAAAGCAGUAAGCUGGCAAGUAAAAACAAAAAAAACACAUGGUUGCAAGAGAUUUGUAAUGUUAAACUUAGGUAAACAACUUCACAAGCAAACACCAAACAUCACCAGGUCUAUAAAGGGUCCUGGACAUUUGAAAUAAGGCAGCUAUGAAAUGGCGUUAGUGGCAUUUUCUCGAAUCCCUGCAACCAUGCUCUCCCAAAGCUGAGAACAUUAACUGAAGACUUAAAGCUGCCUAACAUAGCCUAGUUAUGAAGGUCUGUUCUUGUAUAAUACAACUUUAUUCAAUGUGUAAAAUGCAGUAAUAAUUUGUGGUCAUAUUCUAAUGUGAAAACAGGGUUUGGUGAAUAGGACUAUGAACUUUUGUUCUCCACUCUGGUCAUUUCUAAGAGCAUGUGGGCUAAAGCCUACUGUAAUCAUGAACACAGAAGUACACUACAGAAGUCUAAGUAUGUUGGUAGACUAGAAUUGUGGUACGAGCAGUGGGUACUCCUAAGAGAGAGAAAAUUAACACCAAAAAUGGUACUUGUGCUGGGUAGAGUGAACUGUUUUUAUUAUCCAGAUAUUUCACCUUUCUAGUCAUGUUUUUUUUUAAGUCUGACAAACAUAACCAUUUUGUAUGAAUGAAUAUAUAGAUAUAAUCAAACCAUAAAGGUGCUAAAUGAAGAUGUUGCGUCUCAAUACAGUGCCACUUUUGAGUGCCAUUAUGUUGUCACUUUUGUGUUUCUUACUCAAAAUAAAUUUGUAAUAGAAGAAACUGC